AUGGCACUGCGCCCUCCUGCCAAGAAUAUGCAUCGCCUCUGCUAUCACUCGGAGUCCCCGAGUCCCUCAUGCAGAUUUGCUCUCGUUUUGAUCUCGCGCGUCCCCUUUUCCCUGUCCCACAGCCACGUAUCAUCUCCAAAAUUAAACGUCGUCACUUGGGCCUCCACCCGUCAGCGCCGGCAAAAUGCCCUCAGUCUCCCUCCGCCUCAGCCAUCUCACGCAUACCAGCGCGACAACAAUUUGGGGCAUCGCGACCACAAUACGAUGGCAGAUUCCAUAGACCCACAACUCAGAGACACAUCGCGAAGCACCCCUCCGCCUCGCCGCGCCGCCGUGCCGUUGCCCUUGCGCGGUAGCAAUGGAGAGGAGCAGAAUAGCGGCUCUGAUGGGGAGUGCAACGAGGGCGCUGAGAAGCGCCGGAAACUGAAUCUCUGGAAGUGCAAACCGUGUCGCGAGGCCAGGAAAAAGUGUUUCCCGGAAGAUCGCGUCUGGCCCCAAAAAUGCCAGCGAUGUCUUCAACAUCGCCCGGAUCAGUUAGAAUGCUCUGAGCCCGAGUUGAAUACCCGCACGCGUGGCAAAAACCUGUCCAAACCUGCCCGUCGCUCUAAACCGCGAUCAACGCCAGAUCGGUCGGACUUGAAACGGGUGGCAAGCGACGAUGAUGAGAGUUCUGGCAGCGAAAUCGUCGUCUUUGAUAGACCGGCUCGGACGAACCCUCUCAAGAGAGUCAAGAGGGAGCGUCAGGGGACGUUGAUGCAACCUAUGAAGGAGGCCUCGGAGCCAACGUCUGCGGCAAGGAAGGACCAACCUCCGCUUUCUCUAUACCUGCCCUUGGGGGAAGAUGCCUUUCGAAUUCUGCGGCUUGAAGGGGGCCGCAAAGACGACAAGUUGAGGUGUACAUUUGAGAUUGCAUCCAUUGCCAGACCGCCCAAGUACGAAGCAGUAUCGUAUCUCUGGGCUGGUAACAGUGAGACGCAACUAGAAUAUGAGGUCGAGCUGUUGGACAAUCAACAACCCGCGAAGACGCACCGGCGACCGUUGAAACCCAAUCUACACUCGGCUCUGCGGAGCCUUCGACAUCCAACGGCGGCGCGGCUCUUCUGGAUCGAUGCAUUAUGCAUCAACCACGCCAACGUGGAAGAGAAGAGCCAGCAAGUCGCCAUGAAAAGAUUCAUCUUUUACAAAGCAGAAAAUCUAUGCUUCUGGCUAGGCGACGAGCCGGUCUACAAGUCCGCUCUGAAUUUCAUUCCCCAGAUCCUCGAACUCAACAACGUGGACAAGCUGGUGCAAGAUGAAGAGGCGGUUGACAAAUGGGCGGCCUUUCUCAAUCUCCUGAAAAACAGAGUAUUCAGUCGACUGUGGCUGGUCCAGGAAGUCGCCAUUGCCCGGAAUGUCACCCUUCACUGCGGUGCCCCGGCGAUCCACUACGCCGACUUCGUGGACGCCGUGACUAUCUUCCUGUCAUGUCGAAAACACAUCUCAGUGCUCUUCCGCAACAAGAAGAAGGAUGCCAGGGAGCUGACAGACCGGAAAAUCACCAUGGUCGAGCGCUUCAUCGAUGUCACAACCAACGCACUGCGUCGGACUUCUAAGACCGACCACGUUGAAGGCGUCCAGCGGCUCCUGAGCCUCGAAGCCCUGGUCUCCGAACUCUCCGACCUGUCAUCUGGCGACCCUCGUGAUAGGAUUUACUCGGUUCUCGCCCUGGCUAAGGACGGACCUCCACUGUUGGACACGGGAAACUCCCACGCAUUGAACGAAGCCCUCCGUAUAGACUACGCCCGAACAACUCUCGACGUGUACCAGGACUUCUUCGCCCACGCCGUCACCACCUCCCAAUCCCUGGACAUCCUCUGUCGUCGCUGGGCCUCUUCCAUCCCCGAAAAAGAGGCGCAGCUCCCAACCUGGAUCCGGCCCUUGCAAUCCAACCUGCAAGCACCCUUCGACCCCAACGUGUCUGAACGAACAGAUGCCGAUUCUCUCGUCGGGAUCCCCGAUCACCACUGCUAUAACGCCACCAAAAACACCACGGCCUCCUUCCGCAUCUCCUCCUCUUCCCCAUCCGCUCCCAGAUCCCUCUUCGUCAGAGGUCAUCGUCUAGACGCCAUAGCGAGACUAGGCCCACGAGCAUCCGAAGGCAUCAUCCUCUACGAAUGGCUCCAGCUCGGCCACUGCACCAUCUCCGACGAGAUCGACACCGUCCCCGAACCCUUCUGGCGCACCCUCGUCGCCGACCGGGGCCCCCUCGGCACCAACGCUCCCAGCUGGUACCACCGCGCGUUCCUGUACUGCCUCGCGGAAUCGACGCCCAACGGCGACAUCAACACCAACCGUCUGAUUGCCGCGUGCGAGGCCGGGAGCAGUAGUCUGGUCGUCGAUUUCCUGCAGCGGGUGCAGGCUGUGAUUUGGAACCGCAAGUUUCUGGUCAGUCGGGAGAGGGGCUGGAUCGGACUGGCGCCGAUGGCUGCCGUGGAGGGGGAUGCGGUGGUGGUGUUGAAGGGGUGUAGCGUCCCGGUCGUGUUGCGGAGGGAGGAAGGGGAGCGGGAUGGGGAUUGUUGGUGGAAGUGUGUGGGCGAGUGCUAUGUGCAUGGUAUUAUGGAGGGGGAGGCCUUGGAGAUGGGGUUUUUGGAGGAGGAGUUUGAGAUCAGGUGA